AUAUCGUUCCAAUCUUUCAACAAGUAUUAAAUUUUCUAUUACAGCAUUACACGUCUUUUACAGUUUAAUUUACAUUAUUUAUAUUCAACAUUUAAGUUAUCUUAAAGUUUAAAAUAAAUCGUAGUCACUAGUAAUAUAAUAUAUUAUUAUACUCAGAGGCUAUGGCAGAUAACUGAACAUGAUUCGAGGUUGAAGCAAUUCCACGAUUUGAAGUCAAUAGCAUAAUAUAAAAUAAUAUUACGCUUCAUAUGAGAUCUAAUUGAUUGAAAAUUGUAUACUUGACAAAAUGGUUUGCCAGAGUCUCAUGGAGUUAAAAAUUGUUAUCCGUUCUAUUUUAGUAGCAUGUAAGAAUGCCUUAACAGUCGAUGAAUUAUGGAAGAGGACGAUUUACGUAUUUGGAGGACCACAACAAAUACAGCUUAAACUGUUUGGUUACGAGACCCCCUAUGAUUUACUUAAAUGUAUACCAGAUGUUGUUCAGUUAGAAGAUCCAGAAGAUACAAACUCCAUUGUAAAUUUAAUAAGUUCAAAAUUGAGCAGGCAUAUGGAGUUAUUAGUUUCAACAAAUAUAAUAAGACCACCCAAAAGUAAAAUUUGUCAACACGAUUUAUUGGUGCCAUACAGAACACAGUGCGCAUUUAUUAGAAUUUUUCAUGAACUAUAUCCAGAAGGAUUGACAAUCAGUGAUUUUGAAUCCGAUGUUUUGUGUAUUCCAAUAUUUCAGUCUUACAUUGACUGUGUAGAUAUAUUAUUGUUCAAUUUGGACCAUGUGUUUAUAAGAAAUGGAAAAGAAAUUAUAAGCUUGCAACCGAAAUUAGUCAACAAAUUAAAUGAAAUAAUUGAAACAGCAGAUAAAUUUACAGCGAUGGAUAUUUGCAACAUUAAUGAAUAUUCAUUGGAAAAUAAAUAUGAUGAUCAACAAAUUUCCAAUGGACUGGAGUACCCAUUGUUUAAUAUUUUAGAAGAAUCAAUUAAAUCUAACAUUGAACAACUAUUGAACGAAGUACCUGGUUGGAUAUCUGAUAGACAAAUGUGUAAUUUAUACAUUGACAAAUUUGGUUCUGCCUUUACUCAUUAUAGACGAUGGGGUUUUAGUAGAAUUAGUCAAAUGUUUUCAAAACUGCCAGAACUGUGUUGUGUUCAUUUCUCAGAGAAUGAAGUAGAAAUAAUUUCAUCAAUAAAUCAUACUUGUGAUAUUUAUAAAAAUCCAAAUGUAUCAGAAGAAGCAAAUAAGUCAGGAUCUUUUUCUAUUAAUGCAAAAGAAAAAUAUAAUAAUGAACCUAAUGAAAAUUAUGGGGUAUUAAAACAAUUUUUAAGAAAUGAUCCAUAUUUACUAACAUCAUUAAAUGAUUGUUUUUUGGAGCAAGAAAUUCAACGGUUUGAAUUGAAAAUCAAUGAUUCAUUAAAUGUCAAUGUUUGUGCAGUUAAUACAAAUAUUAUACCAACUAUAAGAUGUCAAAUCCUUGACCAAUAUCAUGAAUUCCAGAAGCUAUUAGUUGAUAUGAAAAACUUUUAUUUUCUACACGAACAAGAGUUGUUAUUUGAUUCAACUAUUACCAUGAUGAAACAUACUUAUGCAUAUUUUUUUGAUGAUUGUUGGUUCAGAGGAUUUGUCACUGAUAUUAACUUAAGUGUAAUAAAAAUGACAAAUAUUGACAAUGGUUCGAUGGAUACUAUUCCGUUUGAUGAUAUCAGGUUACUACACAAACAGUUUACCCAUUUACCAGCACAAUCAUUGACUUGUAAUUUACAUGGAAUAGAUUCUAUGAACGAAGAUGAGCUUUUGAAAAUUAAAGAUAAAGAAUGUUUAAUAUAUGUUGUUUCUAUUGAUCAACAAAAUAAAUCUGCAAGUGUCAAAAUUAAAUGUAUAGAUUCUGUAUCAGAUAAAUACUUAAAUGAUGAAUGGAUAGAAAGUGGUGUUGCCGACCCGGAUUCUGAUGAAGAUUAAUAAUGAAGAUACAAUUUUAUUAUAGUUUUUUUUUUAUUAUUAUUAUUAUUAAAUCACUAAACCAAGCAAGUUAGCUUAUUAUUAUUAUUAUAAUUUUUUAUUAUUUGUUUUUUUUUUUGUUAUUUGUAUAACUUAAUAUUGUAAAGUUAUCCUUUGCCUGGCCAUUUUUUUAUAGAAAUUGAAAUAUUAAAACUGGGAGUAAAAA